GAAUGAGCCGCUGCGUCUUCUUCGUCUUCUUCUCGCUUCACUGGAAAGACAAACGCCGGGAGGCUGCUGCUCUCACAGCCAGACCCGGGAUGGGCUCUCUGUCGGCCCUGCGGACGGUCCUGGUGCUGGCUCUGGUGGUCGGACUGACGGGAUGCGCCCCCGGCCUGAAUGGCACGGCGGAGCGCUGGGAGGCCAUGUACUCGCGCUCCCUGGCGCGGAUCCCGGGGGAGAAGCGCGAGGAGAUGGGCAGGGACAGCAACUACCUGCAAGGCAUUAAACGUCUGCGGAGACUCUACUGCAACGUGGGCAUCGGCUUCCACAUCCAGGUGUUACCGGACGGAAAAAUAAUGGGAGUUCACAACGAAAACCGUCACAGUCUGCUGGAGAUCUCUCCGGUAGAGAGAGGCGUGGUGACUCUGCUGGGCGUCCGCAGCAGACUCUUUGUGGCCAUGAACCGUAAAGGCAAGCUGUACGGAUCUUUACACUUCAACAACGAGUGCAAGUUCAAGGAGAAGCUCCUCGCCAACAACUACAACGCCUACGAGUCGGCCAUCUACCCAAAGAUGUACAUCGGCCUGAGUAAGAGCGGCAAAACAAAACGAGGAAACCGAGUGUCCCCCGCCAUGACGGUGACACAUUUCUUACCCAGAAUCUAAAGGCAUCAGAAAUAGACUUCACCUCAAUAUGGAGACACGGGGGGGGGGGGGGGGGGGGGGGGGGCUCCAAACCAUGAUGCACUUUCACCACAAGCUUUAUGCAAGUGUAUCAUAUCUGAUCCUAUAUUUUCAUUUUCUAUAUUUUUUAUUUAUGUUUAACAGUUUUUGUAUUUUUUUUUCUAGAACGUGUUUUCUCUAAGAGUCAAAUGAUUAUUUAUGUUUUCAUUUUCUAAUUUAUCAGAGAUUUUGCUGCUAUGUUAUGAAAUCAAUGGAUGUUUUUGCACUGAUUGAAAAAAUAUACCCAGCAGUGCACAACAGACAUUUUGACUUAACUAUGUUUUUUUAUAUUUAAAACCUUUUUAAGUGAAGGUGUACUCACAGAAAUGUUUGGUGUCAGAAGUUGCACUGAUUGCUCAACACUCGGCCCCCUUUGUGUGGCACUGGAGCCUAAUUGAAACAGUAUCAUCUUACUUGACGGACGGAGAGAGAGAGAGAGAAAGAGAGAGAGAGACGAAGAACCCCCUCCACCUCCUCUGGUCUGUUUAUAGCUCUUGCGGUGAACUCUGAACUUUUCUGCCAUCCAUCUCGGUCAGAGCUAUAUGACUGCAGAUAGAGAGGCAUCCUCUCUGACAUUAUACAAGCAGGGAAUUUGGGAGUUUAAAGGCAAGGUCAAAGUGCUGUAAUGUGACAGAGUAACCUUGACUGUGGAUUUUUUUUUUUUAUGUCAGGUCAACUCUGAUUGUCCACUAGCGGUUGGACAUGAAGACAUUUGUCCACCUGGUGGGCUCUUCACACAUGCGCUCCUGAAGAUUAUCAUGAAGGCUGCCCCUGAAAUCUUCCUAGGUUGCUUGUUCACGUAUGCACUUCACAACAGGAGGCUAUCUCUGUGUCGGAUGAAGGGGGGUGGGGGGUCUCAGGAGGUGGUACAUUACAUAAAAAGGUGCAUCGUAAAUGAUGGACUCAUCCAUGUCCAUGACAGUUUUUGUCAUAGACAGUAUAAGAUAUGGACAUAGUCUCCGUGAUGUCACCCAUUGGUUUCUGAAGAGGCCCUUUGAAAGCUUAAUAUGUGAUUUUUCACACUUAACUGUAAUAUAAAUCAAGUGUAUCCUCUGAAAAUAACUCAAGUCAUGACUGUCUACAAUGGGUGUAACACCCGAGUCCCACUGUCUGUGAUGUUUUCAGAGUUUUCAGAGUCCUAUCUUCAGUUUGUUUACAUCGCCAGGACGGCCGGCUGACUCCUCCCCUCACGUAUAAAAGUUGUUUAAUUGAGGGACUAGAGAAAAGAAGAAUAACA